CGGCUGCCGCGGGAGAGGCAUCCACAGCGGCGGAGCGGGCGGCCGAGCAGGAGCGAGGCGGCGACAGCGGCUGCGACUCUGAGUACCACUCCCAUAAGGACAGAGACCCUCGGGGACCAUAGACUUGAUUUGGAGGGCUCCUUCCUGUGGCCUCAUAGCUACUCUGCUGGUUUGUCCCUUCAGUCUGGAUUGGUGACACACAACCACUGGAGAUUAUUUCCAGACUGAAGUUGAAGCCAUCAGAAGACAGUGGGAAGGACCUUCCCAGCACCGCAGAGUUUGCUGGCAUGGGAAACUUGCUCAAAGUCCUGACCCGGGAAAUUGAGAAUUAUCCACACUUCUUCCUGGAUUUUGAAAAUGCUCAGCCUACAGAAGGAGAGCGAGAGAUAUGGAACCAGAUCAGCGCUGUCCUCCAGGAUUCCGAGAGCAUCCUCACAGACCUGCAGGCUUACAAAGGUGCAGGACCAGAGAUUCGAGAUGCAAUUCAAAAUCCCAAUGACAUUCAACUUCAGGAGAAGGCUUGGAAUGCAGUCUGUCCUCUGGUGGUGAGACUGAAGAGGUUUUACGAAUUUUCCAUCCGUCUUGAAAAAGCACUUCAGAGUUUAUUGGAAUCUCUGACGUGUCCACCCUAUACACCAACCCAGCACCUGGAACGGGAGCAAGCCCUGGCAAAGGAAUUUGCAGAAAUCUUACAUUUUACUCUUCGUUUUGAUGAGCUGAAGAUGAGGAACCCAGCUAUUCAGAAUGACUUCAGUUACUAUCGAAGAACAAUAAGCCGUAACCGCAUCAACAACAUGCAUCUAGACAUUGAGAAUGAAGUUAAUAAUGAGAUGGCCAAUCGAAUGUCCCUCUUCUAUGCAGAAGCCACGCCGAUGCUGAAGACUCUUAGCAAUGCCACGAUGCACUUUGUCUCCGAAAAUAAAACCCUGCCAAUAGAGAAUACCACAGACUGCCUCAGUACGAUGACAAGCGUCUGUAAAGUCAUGCUGGAGACACCGGAGUACAGAAGCAGAUUUACAAGUGAGGAGACACUGAUGUUCUGCAUGAGGGUGAUGGUGGGGGUCAUCAUCCUCUAUGACCAUGUGCACCCUGUGGGAGCUUUCUGCAAAACAUCCAAGAUUGAUAUGAAAGGCUGCAUAAAGGUGUUGAAGGAACAGGCCCCAGACAGUGUGGAAGGGCUGCUGAAUGCUCUCAGGUUCACUACAAAGCACUUGAAUGAUGAAUCGACUUCCAAACAGAUUCGAGCGAUGCUUCAGUAGAGCCCUGCUCAGAGAGGAGGAUCUAUGCUGACCUCAGAAGAUGUAUAUGUUUACAUAAUUUAAUACAGAUUGAUGUUAAUACUUGUGUAUUUACAUAACCAUUUCCUUCUUGUCACUGAAAUAUAUGGACCUUAAUUUGUAUCCUGACUGAUUCAACCCAGCAGAGCAUAAAUUGACUUGAGAGCCUUACCUUUGAUGUCUGAAGCAAAACUCUUUUCUCCAAGGGCCAGAUUUGGAAACUUCGACCUUGGCUGCUGGAGUCCUGUAGUGAUACCUGUAACAAUCAGAAAUUCUUAAUCGCUUGUGGUAUUGUUUUAAUUCUAGAUGUUUUAUCUCUCUGGGAGUAUAGUUUAUAGAAACACAGAGUACUUGAUUUCCUGUGUCAGCUCAGAUACAAGAAACACACACAACUGUUACCCUGAGAGAGAGCAGAGAGAGAAGAAACCAAGAUAAGAAAACUGCAUGUAGAGAGCGGAGCACAAGUGUUCUGAGUUCAGCACCUCCCCCGACCCUCUUCCUGCCGCCUGCAAACCUCACGUGCAGCUUUUCUAUAUGCACGUGUUUUAUUAAUCUGAAUAUUCUCCUUCUGUCUUGGUUUGUGUCCCAUUCAUUCCCUUUUAGUAUUUGCAAGAGGAAAAGUGUCUGUGUUUUAAUCAGCUAAUGAGGAGGCUAUGGGAUAGACAGAGGGCUUCUUGCAGGAGGAUUGAGAAAAGUGAAUAUCUUAAGAGUAUUUGAGAGAGAGAGAGAGAGAGAGAGAGAGAGAGAGAGAGAGAGAGAGCAUAAGAACAUAAGAACAGCCAUUUGUGUCAACCCUCUGCCUGCAGGGACAGAUAAAUGGAACUCUGGUUCUAAGGUCAUAAAUAAGAUCCAUCACCUCCCAGAAGUCUGCAGAGUUCUAGGAACAACACCCAUCUUAAUAAUGAAGCCCCCAUUCUCUAUCAAAAUGGACUGUUCAUGUCAGAGCACUUUUAGAAAACUGGAGGAAUUUAGAGAGAAGAAAUCUACAACUUCUGAUUACCUGGAGUCACCCCCCACUGGUCUGAGUACUUUGGCAAAUUCACUUUUUGUCUCACCUUCCUCAUAUAUAAAAUAGUAUUGGGGAUAGAGAGGUGGCUCAUUGGUUAAGAGUACUUGUUGCUGUUACAGAGGACCUGGAUUCAAUUCCCAGCACCCACAUGGUGGCUCACAACUAUCCAUUACUCGAGUUGCAGAGGAUCCAGUACCCUCUUCUGAUCUCUGUGAACAUCUGGCAUGCAUAUAGUACACUUAUAUACAUGCAGGAACAAUACUUAGACACAUGAAAUAAGAUAAAUCUUUUUUAAAAUCUAAAAUUGAAGGCUAGCAGGAGCCACUACACCAACCUUCCUUCAUGCAUAAAUUUCAAUGAGUUGGACAAAUAUCAAUAUUGUUGAAUAUCAAUAUCUUCAGGACUGUAGUCAUUCUGCCUAUAGGUCAGAACUGAGCUAGAAUGGAAUUUUGAAACAUAUUCUGACCUCCAAUGAAAAGAUAUGGGCAUACAGGUGAGUCAUACAUAGAACUAAAUCCUUGAGUGCUUCCCACCUGACUCUACUAUAUUCUUUUUCCUGAUCACCAUGUGGCCUAAGAAUAUAUACUGUGGAGUGUAUGGACCAUUAUAGAAAAAUUUUUAGUUUAGCCUGUUUUAUUACUUGUAUAUCUCUGCUAGAAGGAGAGAAUUUUCCAGACAACUGAUGAAUGAUAAUCCUGGAAGUCAGGUCUAGGAUGAUUACGGUGUGGUAUCAUUUCGCUUGCAACAUCCCAAGGCAAUAUUUCCAGACUAAGGUUGCCAUCCAACAUUCCUUUGAGUCCUGCAGGAAAGAGGAUAAUUGGUUUAUUUCCAAAAACCAAAUACAGACAAAUGGGAGAACUGGUUUCCCAGUUUAUGUCAGUGCAGUCAACAGAGAGUGAAAAGGCCUUGUCACUUGGAGCUUUACCAGCAGAGUAAGUGCGGCCAUGAAUGAGUAAGCAUUCUUACCCAGAAAGAGUCAUGGUACAUGGCUUCUGUGAUCUUGUCAAACCUAGGAAUUCCAAAAUCCAGAGGAAGCCAGAAAACACGAUCCUGUGGCAGUGAGACAUUCUCCAAUGUUCAGCUUUAGGGAUUUUCUAUUUGUCAGCCAUAGGCAAUGUUUAGUUGGGCAACUCUCAAGCCUACAAGAGCAGAGAUGCACAAUAAGCAUUUGUCCAUUUGCCCUUUCCUCAACAGAGGAGAUUGGGAUUUCAAAGAACAAAGAACUGCCCAGUUUCUAUUGGGCUCUUAGACAAAGACCUGAGCCAUGAACCCAAGCCACGUAUCUAUACCAUAGCUGCCUCUCAGCUGGCUACAUAAGAAAACAUUAGAGAUUACUGUCAGAAUAUACAUAGAUAAAUAAAUAUAAAUACACAAACAAAUAAAUAGUAGUUUAGGACAUUUGUAACUCUUAGAUAGACUUUUUAUUAAAUGGGACCAAAUGUGUGUAUGGGUGCUGUCAGUCUGCUUCAAUCUAGCCAGUCCAUUAUCUCCAAGAGGAGACUCAACAGGACUUAGAUUUUGAGAAGCCCAGGGUCUAAAUAAUUGCCUCAGGCCAUCAUGGGACAGGCUGUGUGUCUGUGAUCACCAACAGGGAGUGGGCCUUGAGUCUGCUCCAGAACUGUUGUGGGAGACCAAUACUCUUAACAGACUGUCCAGUAGGCAUCGGGAAUCCUUGAAUAAUUUGGGUUUUCUUCCUUUUCUUCUCUUUUGUGCUGCAUGCACAUGUAUCCAACAAUCAUGGGUUGUUUGGGGAAAAGUACCAGCAAUGAUGUCAAUGUUAAUAAUACUCCAUAAUUGAUAUCUCAUAACUUUCAAAUAAAGUGUUUUCUAUGACUCAGAUAUUUAAUUUGAAGCAAGAAAGAAGGUAAAAAUGAUGUUUCCCAGCCACCUUGCUACUUUUGGCAUGGUAGCUCCUCUCAAGUUCACCUAGGCUUUCACAGCAAAAGUUGGGUGGAAAGAGAGAUUUUUUUAUUUGUGAUGACACAACAGAGCUAGAAUAUUAGCUAACAACCAUGAAGGAGGUAUUGGGUGUUUUUAAAUUUUUUGUUAAUAUAUUCCUCAUGGACAUAAAGUACAUUCUUAGUUAUUAUCAUUAUGCCAAACAAGAAUGGCAAGGCUAAGUUUGUGAGACAUCAUCACAAUUAAAUCAAGAUAAUGUUAUGCUUUUGAAAGAGCAAGAUAAAGCCUGCUUAAUCUAGGGAUCCAGUGUGCAGUAGAGUUCAGACCUCUCAUUCAGUCUUAUAAUGUAGGCAUUUCUCAAAUGUUCUAGAUAUUAAUAACUAACAUUGGGAUUUUAUCUUCACCAGCCCCAGCCUUCAGAACUUUACUGUCAUAGUACACCUCUAAAAAUGGUUGCACAUCAGAAGGGUCUUUGAAGCAGUUGUAUGUUGUUUGCCGAAGUCAUUGUAAUUUUUUUUUGUUUUUGUUUUUGUUUUGUUUGUUUUUGCCUGCAUUGCUUCUUUUUGUACAGAACUUUUGAGUGUGAAAUGAAAAUUAAAGUUUGGUACAUACACAGUUUAAAAUCAUGUUUGUAUAUUAUGCAUAGGGCAAAAUAGGUGGCCCUGCAUAGAAGUCUGCUCAGCCUGCUGUGAGGAAAUGACGUCAUGUCAGCUGAUCUUCCAUCAUAGUUUCUUCCAACAUGGCAUGUAAUUCCCCAAGGGGCCUGCUUUUAGAAUCACUGGUCUUAUAUUUAUUACAAGGACCUUAAUUAUAUUAAAAUUAAAAGAAAGAGAAAGAAAAAAAGAAAGACAGAAAGGAAGAAAGGAAGAGAGAGAGAGGAAGAAAGAGAGAAAGAGAAAGAAAGAGAAUCAAGACUGGUACUUAGAGAUAUAGGAGAGCUGCUUACCCAGGGAUACUAAGAAACUCCAGUAAUUGCUCUUUUACUUAUUUUAAUGCAAUAGCAUUUUGUGAACUUGGCAAAAUGGGUGAAAAAAAAAAGCCCUCCCCUGUGUAUAUUCAUUUCUUUCAGGCAACAGAAGCAAUAAAAUGGUUCUUUUAACUCUUCAGCACU